AUGCAACCCUGCAAGAACAUCAUCCAUGGAGAACCAAAUGGCACUCGACAAGACAACAUUCCAAAGCCAUCGUCAGUGGCUUCCUACAACCUCCGUCUCCUGCGUCCUGCCUGGCAGAUGAAGAAUAAGGUGAUUUCCCACAAUCAGAGAGCAUUACCUGGACAUAUAAUCGAAGAAGCAUAUUUAUCAUCCGACAUAGACGAACGCCUGCAAGAGAAUAUGCAUCCUGGUGAUCAGAGGCAGAGGCAGACUCAUCCUGGUGAUCAGAGGCAGAGGCAGACUCAUCCUGGUGAUCAGAGGCAGAGGCAGACUCAUACUGGUGAUCAGAGGCAGACGGAGAUGCAUUUUGUAGAUCAAGAGAAGACGAAAAUGGAGAUAAAAGAUGAGGGGAAAACAAAGAUGCAGGUGGAAGAUGAAGGUACAGAACAUCAGGCAACAAGAAAGCAACCUCCCCGACGGUCGCCAGAACGGUACGCUGACUGGGGCAUCGGUCCACUAACACCAUCCCUACACUCUCUGGAGAGAUCACAUCGUCCUGGUUGGAAGUUCAGACGAGACUUCUACCUGCGAGGAUACAUAUACGAGGACAUCUGGUCUCCUUCACACGAGACCCCAGCGAGACCAGGGUCCCGCGAGGACACCGCUACUUCCUCAUAGAGUCUUCAACACAUCGAGACAUAAGAUAAGACGAACAAGUGUCUUGAAGACGACGGCUGCCUUCCUUGCUGCCUUCCUUGCUGCCUUCCUUACUGCCUUCCUUGCUGCCUUCCUUGCUGCCUUCCUUGCUGCCUUCCUUACUGCCUUCCUUGCUGCCUUCCUUGCUGCCUUCCUUACU